GGGCACUGGGGCGUGACCGCCCGGAGAUUGACACAUUCCCCUUCCCCCAGUCCUGUGCUGUGGCUGCAGUGCGGGAUCCGCCAGUCUGAGCUCGGGAGAUACCCGAAAAACACUCUCGGGAGGGGGGGACGCAAAGGCUUGGAUUUAACUGGCGUAAAGGCUAAAGCGACCCGAAAGGGCUUGAGUCUGGAUACACACUCUGCAAUUAGAUAGCCGAAUGAGUGGAUAAUCCCCUGCAUUUGUACUGGCGGUGGUUCGGUCCGUUGGAAACCCAGAAAUGGUCCCGGCUGUGUUCGUGAUGCUGGCGCUGUCGGCAGUGCAAGGGCUGGAAGAGACUCUGAUGGACACAAAAUGGACAACAUCAGAAUUAGCAUGGGUUGCAUACCCAGAUUCAGGGUGGGAGGAAGUAAGUGGAUACGAUGAAGCCUCAAACCCAAUCCGGACGUAUCAGGUUUGUAAUGUACGGGAUGGUAAUCAGAAUAAUUGGCUACGUACGCAGUUUAUUCCACGGCAAGAUGUUCAGCGCGUGUAUGUGGAGUUGAAGUUUACUGUCAGAGACUGUAACAGCCUGCCGAAUAUCCCAGGAUCUUGCAAAGAGACCUUUAAUUUCUUCUACUAUGAAUCGGACUCUGACUCUGCUUCUGCUGACAGCCCAUUCUGGAUGGAAAACCCAUACAUGAAGGUGGAUACCAUAGCUCCAGAUGAGAGCUUUUCACGACGGGAUUCUGGGCGUGUCAACACAAAGAUACGUAGCUUUGGACCUUUAUCCCGUACAGGUUUCUACUUGGCUUUUCAGGACCUGGGUGCCUGUGUAUCCCUAAUUUCAGUUCGUGUCUUCUUUAAAAAGUGUCCUCGAACCAUUGCUGGAUUUGCCACUUUUCCCGAGACAGUUACAGGGGCUGAAGCAACAUCACUUGUUAUUGCACCAGGUACAUGUGUGCCGAAUGCCCUAGAAGUUUCUGUGCCUCUCAAGCUGUACUGCAAUGGAGAUGGAGAAUGGAUGGUGCCUGUGGGUGCCUGUACAUGCGCAUCUGGGUUUGAAGCAGCUGGGAAGGACACUCAAUGCCAAGCAUGCAAACGUGGAACAUACAAGUCAAAGCAGGGAGAGGGAAGCUGUGUGCCUUGCCCCGUUAACAGCAGAGCCAUUUCUUCAGCAGCCACUAUCUGUUCCUGUCAGAAUGGAUACUACCGUGCUGACGGAGAGAGUGCUGAGACUGCGUGUACCUCUGUGCCCUCGGCACCACGACAUGUUAUCUCCAAUGUAAAUGAAACCUCUGUGGUCCUUGAAUGGGCAGAGCCUGGUCAUUUAGGCGGUCGGGAUGACAUUCUAUACAAUGUGAUCUGUAAGAAAUGCUUGGAGCGACUGUGUUCUCGCUGUGAUGAUAAUGUUCAGUUCUGGCCACGGCAGCUUGGUGUCACCCAGAGGCGAGUCUCAGUCAGUCAUCUCCAGGCCCACACCAAGUAUAGCUUUGAAAUCCAGGCGGUCAACGGAGUGUCUGGCAAAAGUCCACACAUCCCCAACUACUAUACUGUGAAUAUUACAACUAACCAGGCAGCCCCUUCAGCUGUGCCAAUGGUGCAGUCUCAUGGAAGUUCGGCAAACUCUCUAACUCUGUCUUGGGCACCUCCAGAGAGCCCCAAUGGCAUCAUAUUAGACUAUGAAAUAAAAUACUAUCCCAAAGGCCAAAGCGGUGCAGGUAACACAGUGACCAGCCAGCGCACAACUGUGCGAAUGGAAGCAAUGACCCCAGAUACAGUGUAUGUUGUUCAGGUUCGAGCCCGUACUGUGGCUGGAUAUGGAGCCUAUAGUGAACCUAGAGAGUUCCAGACAAUCUCUGAAGAUGGUGACCGGAGCAGUCUGCAGGAACAAGUCCCGAUGGUUGUUGGCUCUGUAACAGCCGGACUCAUUUUUAUCAUUGCAGUGGUCAUUAUAGUAAUAGUUUGUUUCAGCCGCAAGCAAAGGAAUGAUGCUGAAUCUGAAUACACUGAAAAGCUGCAGCAGUACAUGGUGCCUGGCAUGAAGCUUUACAUUGAUCCAUUUACGUAUGAGGAUCCUAAUGAAGCUGUGCGAGACUUUGCUAAAGAAAUUGACAUUUCCUGUGUGAAGAUUGAAGAAGUGAUUGGUGCAGGUGAAUUUGGGGAAGUGUGCCGGGGGAGACUAAAGCAAGCAGGUCGCAGAGAACAGCUUGUAGCUAUUAAGACAUUGAAGGCAGGUUACACAGAACAACAAAGAAGAGACUUUCUCGGUGAGGCCAGCAUCAUGGGACAGUUUGAUCAUCCAAACAUCAUUCGACUGGAAGGAGUUGUGACAAGGAGCCGGCCUGUCAUGAUCUUGACUGAAUUUAUGGAGAAUGGAGCCCUUGACUCAUUUCUAAGGAUGAACGAUGGACAGUUCACAGUUAUCCAGCUGGUUGGGAUACUCCGUGGCAUUGCAUCUGGAAUGAAAUAUUUGUCCGAGAUGAACUAUGUUCAUCGGGAUCUUGCUGCAAGGAACAUCCUGGUGAACAGUAACCUUGUCUGCAAAGUGUCUGAUUUUGGUCUGUCUAGAUUUUUGGAAAACAGUCGCUCUGAUCCAACGUACACAAGUUCAUUGGGAGGAAAGAUUCCAAUUCGUUGGACUGCUCCAGAGGCUAUCUCAUACAGAAAGUUCACUUCUGCAAGCGAUGUCUGGAGUUAUGGCAUUGUCAUGUGGGAGGUUAUGUCUUACGGAGAGCGGCCAUAUUGGGACAUGUCAAAUCAAGAUGUAAUUAAUGCAAUUGAGCAAGACUAUCGGCUGCCACCUCCUAUGGAUUGUCCUGCUGCUCUACACCAGCUCAUGCUGGACUGCUGGCUCCGUGACCGCAACUUAAGACCCAAAUUCUCACAGAUCGUUAGUUCACUUGACAAGCUAAUACGUAAUGCAGCAAGUUUAAAGGUGACCAGCCCAGCACAGGCAGGAGUAUCUCAGCAGCUUCUAGAUCGCACUGUUCCUGAUUACACUACUUUUCCCACUGUGAGCGAUUGGUUGGAAGCCAUUAAGAUGGGGCAGUAUCAAGAGAAUUUUCUAAGCGCUGGCUUCACUUCUUUCCACUUGGUAGCACAAAUGACAGCUGAGGACUUGCUCCGUAUCGGGGUGACGCUGGCUGGUCACCAGAAAAAACUUCUCAAUAGUGUUCAGGACAUGAGACUGCAAAUGAGUCAGACACUUCCUGUCCAGGUGUGAAACUACAGUAACCAAGGAACUCAUCUCUUCAUAUUGAAGAAAUAAUAUGGACUAGGAUAGGGCUCAACAGGGAGCUGAGGAGGUGGACAAGAGAGAACAUGGACAAAGGACGUGGAUUUACAAGAGAAAUCACAGUCUUUGUACACCUGGGGCUCUCUGCUCUCUGCUUGUUGGUUACUUGCACUUGGUGAUGAUGUGUGAGAACUUGGUGCUGCUGUGAGAACAUAGCCCACUCCUGCAUAGCCUCUGUGUCCUAUGUGGGGUGAGGAGAGUGUAAGAAUGUGGAGGUAGGGGUGUUUAGAGUGACAAACUGAGGUUGUGUGAAGGGUAGCAGUGAUGAGUGUGAGAAGGAAGCAUGUAGCUAAGGGGAGAUUCUGGCUUUGCAUGAAGCUCUGGAUGGUACAAGAAAGGCAAUAAUAUAAAGAGUCUUCCACCUACUGCAGAAUUUCUGGAGGGUUACAGGAUUUCAGAAGUAGCUAUUCCUUACAUUUCUAUAGAUACCUGCAGUGAAAGCCCAGAAUCUGCCCCACCUCACAGAUACAGGCGCCACACCCGUGUGUACACUGCAGUGCCUUAUGCAAUUUGCUCAAUUGCAGCCAAACUAGGCUGCUUCGGACUGUUUUCUUCCUGGAUUCCUUGCAUAUAUAAAAUAUAUAUACAUAUACGUUCCAAGCUGUUCUGUUAUUAACAGCCAAGUGAGUGAGGCGGAAGAACCGUAUCUCGCUAAGUGAUUGAUAAACUUCUUCACUGUGUGCUGUAUUUCAUUCCCCAGGGAAGAGGUAAUACAGCUCAUGGAUUUAUCUUUCAUGUUUGUUUUUCUUUUCCUCCCUUCUGUUCCCUCCCGCUGUUCUUUCCUCAUAUUCUUGUCAUCCUUCCAGGUCUGUCCUUAUAAUCUUGGUCUGUCUUCUCUCCCAGUGUUUCUACUCACCCUCUUCUUUUCACUUUAUCACUCUCAUCUGCCCUCCCCUUUCUCCUCUCAAGCUUCCACUCUUCCUUUCUCUCAGCCCUCCUCUUCUCUACUAUCCUUCCUCCUAUCCUGCCACCAUGUUGCUUUGUUUUUAUUUCGCAAAUACUCUUGACACUUUCGCAGUUUUGAAAAUGUGUUUUAGAGUGGAUUUUGUCAUAACAUUGCAUUUUAUAAUUGUUUUUAUAAAGAAGUACUUUUUUCAAUUAAAUUAUUCAAGAAAAGUA